AUGAUGGAAGUGGUUAAAAGUUGUGAGUUCGCGGGCCAGAAAAUAGACGAUUUCGAGUCGAAACUCGUUGUGCUCACGGACAGGGUUACGUCAUUGGAGGUCGUGAAGGAAGCUCUAACAAGUACACAAUCUACCAUGGGGUUGGUUCAGCAGGAUUUCAAUGAAAAAGACCAAUGGUCAAGGCUGAACAACGUCGAGAUUAAAGGAGUGCCACUCAAGAAUAAUGAAAAUCUCUUCAAGAUAGUCGAGACCCUUAGCGAGCACUUAAACGUACCCAUUUCUAAGGCCAACAUUAACUUUGUUUCUCGUGUGCCUGUUUUUAAUACAAAGGAAAAAUCAAUUCUACUUGGCUUCGUAAAUAGAUACGUAAAGGAGGACUUCGUGGCCGCAGCAAGAGCUAGGAAAACUACUAAAGCUUGUGAUAUCGGCUUUGCUAACUGCGACCAACGAAUUUACAUAAACGACCACUUAUCACCCAAUAACAAGAAGCUGCUAAGUAGAACCAAGCAACUUGCGCGCGAUAAGAAUUACCUCUAUGUCUGGGUGAAACAUGCCAAGAUCCAUAUUCGGAAAAAUGACUCUGCACCAGUUUUAACAAUCAGAUCCAUCGAAGAUUUAAACAAACUCAACUAA